CAGCAUCCUCUCUCACACAAGAAAGACUCUAUUCAAUAAUUUCCUUCACUGUGAAUACAUUACAGCCCUCGGCUCUCGCAUUCCGCAGUCAUGAGAUUCACACUUCCGUUCGCUCUCUUCGCUAUUGCUGCGACGGCAGCCCCAACACCUGAAGGCACCCAUGCAGAUGCCGAGAGUCUCCUGUCCUCCAUCUCUUCCGUCGAUCUCGCCCACGACGACGUCAUUCUCUUUGGCGUCGGCGGGAAAUACCAGGUCCUCAAGGACGCCGAGUUCCAAACACUCAAGGAGACCGGUGUCUUGACGUACGGCGGCAACGACAAGGUCGUUGACACAUUCGACCACCUCAACGUGACCAAUGUCACAUCGACGCUUGAGGCCCGUGACUGCCCUGGCCUCAACACCGAGAUCCACGUCACCGGCUCGACCGACUUCCUCGACUGGGAUGUCCAGAUGUCCGCCGUGUGGGGAGCGCAGCAAGCGCCCGUCCUCAUCGCCGUCUCACACGGGUACUCGGUCGCCAACCAGGUCUCAUUCGGGGGCGGCAUCAGCUUCCCCAUCAAGGCCAUCGGCAUCAGCCUCAAUGCCGACUACACGAAGACGUGGACGACGACCGACACGACCACCAUCACCUACACUGUCCCGCUCGGCUACUACGGCACCAUCAUCAGCCAGCCGUGGACUCACCGCGUCUUCGGCAACGUGUACAAGUCCUGCGGCACCGACAACUGGCAGAAGGGCACCUUCACGGCCAACAGCCACACGAGCCAGAACUACGGCGGCAUGGACUGGGUUACCGGUGUGAUGCGCCUCUGUGCGAGCAAGACAUACCCCAUUCCUUACUGCGAAGGCUCGGGCAGCCACCACUGAGCGUUCAUAUUACAUUGUUUCUUCCCCAGAUCCUAGUCGCUCGGAGACUGAGUGUGUUCCUCUAGGGCUGGAAGGACUCAGGGGUUCCGAGUUGCUGUAGAUAGCGGAGCGUAAACGGCACGUAUCACUGGCUGGGCGUGCAAUGGAAGGAAGUUAUCGUCAUAAUCCAGCUUUGUUAUAUGCUACUAGCCGCUAGAUGAGUAGAGCAGUCGGUGGUCUUUAAGUUCUUCUAUCUCAUGUCACUCAAGUCGCGUAAUGUUAGAGUUCGUGUGAAUCAACUCAUU